ACGAAAUUUUGUUUGAUUACUUGUGAGAGUUAUAGUUAACAAACAGCGUUGUAGGUUAUUAUCGCAAGGCAGAAAAGUUAAAACGUUGUUUUAAAACAACUAUGUUCAUAAAGCACUUAUAAAAAUGUCUAUAAACGUAAAUAGUGAAACAUGGAAAACUUGGGAGAGAUCUGGUAAAACAGAAUUUUUAAAACAAUGUAAAGCUACAAUUAAAGACAAUGCUAGGACACCAUUAUUAUCAAAAUCUGGCAAACUAACUGGCUUGGGCCGAGCUAUAUAUGAGUUAUUUUCAAACGGCAUCAAAGGCACCAUAAGGAGAGAUGCAGUUAGUUCUGCAGUUGGUGAAUUAUGCCAUUUGCACAAUGAUUUACCAUCAAUUAUUUUGGAUGUUUUAAAUAUAUUAGAUGCAGAAACAGCAUUAAGUGAUCCAGAGGAAAGGCAGAUUUUCUGUCAAAUUACUAAAGAUACUGAAAAGUUUCUCUCUGACAAACUCUUGAAAGAACGUCUAGAGAUUGAUACAUUAAAUGAAGCUGGGAUUUUGAGCACAUCUAGAACAUUCUAUACAAAAUUUAUAAAAAUAAAAACUAAAUUAUAUUACAAACAAAGAAAAUUCAAUUUAUAUCGUGAAGAAAGUGAAGGUUAUGCUAAACUGAUAGUAGAAUUGAAUCAAGAAAUUAAUGAUACAAUAACCCCAAAGAAUAUUUUGGAAGUUAUUAAGUCACUGAUUG